CUAAUAAACACUCCAGUGGAUGAGUCUUCUCUCUGCCUCCAUCCUCACGACCCCGCCCGCCCUCGGGUCUCUCUCCUUAACCACUUCUCUUUCAACUCCUCACUCUCCUCGGAAGCAUAAAAGCCAGGACCCCCAGAGCUGCCGAGUGCUGCGGACCCCACACAGCUUUCGUCAGCUGAGUGCCGUGUUCUUCCGUUUCAGGAUGGCCUGCUCCCCGCAUCUGGUCCUUCUUGUCACCAUCCUGAUGACUCUGGCAGGGACACAAGAGUCUGCACCUGUUUACAGGGGACGAGGAGGCUGGACUCUGAAUAGUGCUGGUUACCUCCUGGGUCCUGUCCUCCACCUUCCCUCAAAGGUAGAACAAGGCAGGAAGAGGGACUCAGCUCUUGAGAUCCUAGACCUGUGGAAGGCUAUCGAUGAACUCCCUUAUUCCCACUCUCCAAAGAUGACCAAGAGGACGCUGGUAGAAACGUUUGUCAAACCCAAGAGUGAAGAUCUGCGCGAACUGGACAGGGAAGAAGCCAGCCUGAGGUCAUAGAGACGGCCACACCCCACCCCCGUGAAAGCCCUCUCACCGCCCUGAGACUAAGGACCCUACAGCUAUGUCCCCAAAUCUCACUAAAAUACGUUGUACUAUUUGAAGAAGUAUGUUGACAUAAACUCUGCAGUGUC